AUGUACACAACACUCCUUCUAACUUCCUUGGUAAUUACUUUAGCAAACGGAGAAAGUCGAUUGACAACAUCCAACUACAAAGCUAUUAACUUUGCCAGAGAAAUAAGAGGACGACGGCUUCACGGAAGGGUUAUCAAGGAAAUUGAAGUGGAUUCUGAGAGUUCUUGUCGACUGCUUUGCGUGGAGGAAAGUUCAUGCCUGUCAUACAACUUUGGACCCGGUGAAAACAAGAAGAUGUUUAAAUGUCAACUAAGCGACUCUGAUCGCUUUGCUAGCUUCAACAAUUUUACCGAUGACAACACAUUUCUCUACCGAGGAGUGAAGGUAAGAAACUUUAGAUAUAAUUUUUCCAGAAUGCAGCGGGCAAGCAUUAUAUUGCUUAUAUGAUAAACUUUGUGUAAGUGUUUGCUGACAAUAAAUGUCAACUGAGCGACUCUGGUCGGUUUACUGGACUGAGUAAUUCCACUGAAGACCCCCAUUUUCGACUCUUUUACUUAAUUCCAAGUGGUAUUAUGUAUGAUUGAAGGAACGAUGCAGAUGUUUAUAUAUUGUAUUUGGUAAUGGUAAAGAAGUACAAUUUUAAAAUUACUGUAGAACCUUUCUUAUCAUCCUCUGAUUUUGAAAGGGUAAGAUUUAAACUUUAACUUCUCAUUGGGCCUGUAGACUUGAUGGCUCAGAAACGAGAUGUAAUCCAGUGUAUUUUUAUCUUGAAGCACCUGUUUCGAUUCGAAAAUGAAUGUGUUCAUUCGUUAUUGGCUAAGAACAGAAAACGUUACGCUACGCCUUUGAGGGACAUUUUAAAGUAGUAAUGAGUACUGAUGACUGACGUAUUUUAUCUUCCUAAUAUACUAUUUUCAAAAAAUGCCAUCAAUGAAAAACUAUAUUUAAAUUGAAAUGCUUGCUUCUCUUGUUAUAGAUAAUAGCCGUAAGAUAAAUUUCUAGUAGUCUUAGUUAUGUUGACACGCAUACCAUGGAACUUUUUCAGAACAAUUCGGUUACACUUGGUCGCCUUUAAUCAUCCGAGACUACUAGAACGUCUAAUCAUUCGGAGAUUUCAUAGCAAAGGCAGCACAUUUCCCUCAGUUAUUUUAAAACCCUGACAGUUAGUCCGGCCAGUUAACUUAGCGUUGGCCGUUCUGGAAGCUUAUGAUUCCAUCUGAGAAAAUAAAACAGGUGUAAUUUUAAAAGUCUAUCAAUCAAUCAAUUCACAGGAUACCUUUAUUUUGAUAAAAGUAAUCAGGUGCUUUUGUUUUAACAGAGCCAUUGUGAGGUCAGCUCUUUCCUUUGUACAGAAAACGAGAUCUGUGUUCCCAACUAUAUCGACAACACUGCAGAAUGCAAAUGUCGUUAUGCUUCUGGAUAUACGGGAAAACCAUGCGGUGAGUAUCAUGUCUAACGCUUUCACUAGUUUGCCACUUUAUAUUGACUGAGUGCUUAAGUAUCCCCAUUUAGAUCAAGUAAAAUAACUCAGUAAAGCUUAUCCACUCUAGUCAAUUGAUGAAUUUGAGCUUUAUUAAUUAUUUCUUUUGUUUACAAAACCAGAAGCAAAAAGCUGCGCCCAACUACUAAAAGAUGGUUUCACUUCCAAUGGCGUGUACACCAUCAAUCCAGAUGGCGGUAAGCCAAUACCAGUGUUGUGUGACAUGACCACGGACGGUGGAGGUUGGACCGUUUUCCAGAGACGUUUGGACGGCUCUGUUGACUUCUAUCGUGACUGGAAAGCUUACAAAGAGGGGUUCGGAAGUUUGAGCGGCGAGUUCUGGCUCGGAAACGACAAUCUUCAUCGUUUGACGGAUGCUAAUGAAGUCAUGUUGAGAGUUGACUUGGAGGACUUUGAGGAGAACAUCACAAACGCCGAGUACAAUACAUUUAAGGUGGCAGACGAGGCUGAUAAGUACAGACUCACUCUCGGAGAAUACAAUGGCACAGCGGGAGAUUCCUUCAUGUUUCAUAGGUAUCGUAAAUAUUCAAGAAAUACAUUGGUGUUGAAUGUGUUGCGUUUUCUCUUUGUUUUGGGCCGAAUCAAUGAUCAACCAAAAACGUUAUCUUAACUCAGUCUUAUCUUCUCUCUUGAUAUUCUUUAAGUUAAAAGUGAAGUCGCCUCUGAGACUGAAAGUCAUAGGAAUCGUGGAGGCAUUGGGCAGAAUGCCUAUUGUUCUCGCCACAUUUACUUGCAGUGGCAAAAAUAUUAUAGAUCUGAUGCGUUUUUUUGGAAAUGAGAACACAAUUUAAGCACUUACUGAGAACUGAUUGUUCUGAGACAGAAAGUGGUAAAUUUUCUGGAAUGCUAAUUACAGUUUUGAGGCUAAGUUGCUAAGUCGGUCGAGCUUUUGGGACUUAAUUUGGUGCAAAUGGUUAAAUAGUUCAGUUCUUUUCUAAGUUUUAUGAGAGCAUGUCUUUCCUCAAUGGCUAAACAGAAAUGAAACAAGGCAACAUAAAUUUUAUUCUUAUUCCAGCCAUAUGCAGUUUUCCACGAAAGAUCAAGAUAGUGAUCUACGUCCUGCAAGCUGUGCCCAGCUCUUCAAAGGGGCCUGGUGGUACAAAAGCUGCCAUGCGUCCAAUCUAAACGGAUUGUAUUUGAAUGGCCAACAUGCCUCUUAUGCUGAUGGAGUCAACUGGAACACGUUUAGAGGCUUUCACUACUCACUAAAACGUACUGAGAUGAAAGUAAAAACCAAGGGAUAA